AUUAUAUUGGUUCUUACUUGUAGGCGGCUGAUGAUGACUGGGUUGACACCAGCAAGCAUCUCUCGAGCAAACUCUUCAUCAGUCCUCCAUGCAGACUUGUCCUCUGCAAUUCAUCAUUCCCCCAUGGUAAGUAGCUUUACUUAUGGUGUGUUUGGCUAAAACAUAACUUGAAAAAGAGUUGAGACUUCAUACCUUUGAUUACUUCAGGAAUGGGGAACUUGAGAAACCUCUCACCAUCAUUGCGAACAAGUUCCUUCAGUAAUUCCCAAGGUAUGCGAUUUCUUACUUUGCUUACAGUGGCCUUACCUGGCAGCUUGAUGCCGCCAUUAUAGAGGUCAAAAACAUCCUCGAAACAAUCGAAUUCAUUGAUCGUCUUGUCGCAUAUAGACGAAAUCUCCGGGAGAAGUACUUGAGCAAUAGAUUUCAGAGCAUAUGCUAAGAAAUCUGAGAACUUCACAUGUCCAAACCGUUCAUCCCUAGGUACGUAUAUGUCCAGGCUUAGAAGUGGCAAUCUGCUCUCUGACUUGUGAUCUGUCAUGAACACAUGCAAAACCAGGUUAAGGUGUCUAGUAGAACUUAGAAAAGUUUAGAUGAUUUGACACCAUUUUCUAACCUUUUUUGGUUGGCUUUCGUCCUGUUCAUCCUCUUCUGGGAUAGGGAUACUCCUUGGAUCCACCAAGAACAGGGCGCGCAUAGGCUUCACCCUUAUCUGGACUACCCAGAUCAUUGUAGUAAGCAUAGUCAUAAACUCUGUCCCAUUCUUUCAGCUGUCCUUUCCCAUUUCCUCUCAGGUUAACAAGUUCUUGUUCUCUCAAUUGGCGCAAUGGUUCUGGCGUUUGACAUGGUAGGUAUGUCUGAACCCAGACAGAAUUUGACAAAAAUGGUUGUUAGGAGAUGGAGAAUAUUUUACUAACCCAUUAACUAGAGUUUGUUUAUUUUGCAAGUUUAGGUUAAUCUUAAAACUCCUACUAUUCUAAUCGUCAUAUUGGGAGACAAUAUUGUCAUGCACAAACACUAAAGUUGAGUCCUUUAAUGGCAAAAGCAAAAGUGGCUAUGAAGUCGAAUCAUUGUGCACUUAAUGGCACAAUAACAUUGGAAAAAGUUGCUGCCAGAGAGUUCCUAGGAACUUUCAAAGAGAUCGAUUGUAUUACCUUGUUUGAGAAGAAAACGCGGUCCUAUUUGUAUCUGUGAGCAGGAUAGACCCAUGAAUUGCAGAUGAAAUGAAUUCAGCCAUGGCCCGGGAAAUCGUCUAAAGUUAAGGUCUUGAGGUAGAAUUAACUGUGGUGAUGGUUUCUGAUGAUGAAAGCUCCAGCUACGCCCAUGGUGGAGUGAUCCCAAUUGAAGGUAAUGGAAAAACUAGUCUCAGUAGCUGUUAAAGGUGUCGUCCUGUGAACCCAUUUCUCCAAGAAGGCUGCUUUCCCAAUCAUGCCCCUCCAUCCAUUCUCUGGAGGAAAUUGCCAGCAAACACCACCGUAGUUACCUUUGUCUACGUUGAUAAGCAAACAAGAAACAGGAGCGAGCUUUGAAAUGGCUCGUAGAAAGUCUGUUGGAUUGGGACUGGGGAAUACCAGAAGAAGAUACCAAAGUCUUUUCCUUUUUUGUUUUCAUUCAAGAAACUUUUUCAUUGAUGGGUGCAUUCUAUUCAAUGCAGGGGGGAGAGGAAAGGAGAAAAGGGCUGACCUGGAUCCGGAUGAACAGAGCUGAUAAGGUGGAUGGAGAUGCCUUUGCCGAGAAGCUCAUGAAUUCGAUCGAGGCACGAAGCUUUGACGUCGUGCAGGUCCAGAACGUUCUUCUUCAUCAAAACAACCGUCCCCAUGAUCUUAUUGCUACUGCUGGUGCUGCCAUUCUCGAGGAUGGCAACAUCUCUGGGCUGCACACAGCAAGUUUCCAUGACUUUCUGCAACAUUUUUUCCUGCUCGAUCGGAGCUGUCGGCUUGGAAGGGAGGAAGGAGAAGAGAUGGAAUGAUGAAGGAAGUAAGAUUCGAAGAGUAAGUGGAAGUUGGAUUUGUGGGGAGGGAGGGUACAAAAGAGAAUGGAGUGGAGGGUUUGGUUAUGUACUUUAUACAGGAAGACAUAGUUGAUUAACAAGGGAUUGUUACUUGUUAAUGUCAAUAAAUGAAAUGAGAGUGUUUCACUGUUUUGUUUGUGCUCAUUGGUUUCUUGACUGUGGCCUGGGGUCUGGGAUGGGCAUUAAAUGAAAGGAACUUCAUGGG